UUUUUUUAUCGCAGAGGGGCGGUUGUCAGUGGCGUCCUGCGCUUCUGAUAACACUGGCUAUCGCUCUCAUUCAUAGCGGAUUCUUCGCGCCGAAAUACUGGAUGACAAACCCAUCCGCUUGAGCUACAGUUAUCCGACACAUUGCCAAUAUUAAUUCAGCUGGAGGAGAUGAAGUUGCGGUGGGGCUGGACGUGUCUCUUGUUGCUCUCCAUCUCCAUGGUAACAUGGGCCCAGGAAGAAGACCUAGAGGAUGAAGAGGAGGCUCAAGUGGAAGAUGGAGAUGUGGACGUGGACGUGGAGACAGACAGUGGUGAAAGCAUUGAAGUAGACGCCAAUGUGUCUUUUCAGGUAACUUACAAGACCCCAGUUCCAACAGGAGAUGUGUUCUUUACUGAGACAUUUGAUGAUGGAUCUUUGGGCAGUUGGCAGGUGUCUAAAACAAUGAAGGAGGAUGCUGAUGAAGAUAUUGCGAAAUAUGAUGGUAAAUGGGUGGUUGAGCCCCUUAAGGAAAACAAGGUGCCUGGUGAUUUGGGCUUGGUGCUAAAAUCUCGUGCUAAGCAUCAUGCUAUCGCGGCUCUGCUUAACAAACCAUUCGUGUUUGAAGACAAGCCCCUCAUUGUCCAGUAUGAGGUCAAUUUUCAGGAUGGGAUUGACUGUGGUGGCGCUUACAUCAAGCUAUUAUCAGACUCAGAAGACUUAGACCUGGAGCAGUUUCAUGACCGGACACCGUACAGCAUCAUGUUCGGGCCAGACAAAUGUGGAGAGGACUACAAACUCCACUUCAUCUUCAGACAUAAAAACCCCCUUAAUGGAGAUGUAGAAGAAAAACAUGCCAAACGGCCCGACGUCGAUCUGAAAAAGAUUUAUACUGAUAAAAAAACUCACCUCUACACACUUGUUUUAAAUCCAGACAAUAGCUAUGAGAUCUUUAUUGACCAGUCCAGUGUUAGCAAGGGAAACAUGUUGACAGAUGUCGUUCCACCUGUGAACCCACCAAAAGAGAUUGACGAUCCCAAAGACUCCAAGCCAGAGGACUGGGAUGAGAGAGCCAAAAUCCCAGACCCGGAAGCAGUCAAACCUGAUGACUGGGAUGAGGAUGCCCCUGCUAAGGUGCCUGAUCCUGAUGCAGUGAAGCCUGAUAGUUGGCUGGAUGAUGAGCCAGAGUUUGUGUCUGACCCCACUGCAGAAAAGCCUGAGGACUGGGAUGAGGAAAUGGAUGGAGAAUGGGAGGCUCCUCAGGUGCCAAAUCCAGCAUGUACAGCUGCUCUUGGAUGUGGUGAAUGGAAGCCACCCAUGGUCAAUAAUCCUCAGUAUAAGGGCAAAUGGAGAGCUCCACUCAUAGACAACCCUAACUACCAGGGUGUGUGGAGUCCACGGAAGGUUGCAAACCCUGAUUACUUUGAGGAUCUUCACCCGUUUAGGAUGGAACCAUUCAGAGCUGUUGGUCUGGAGCUGUGGUCUAUGACCUCUGACAUUUACUUUGACAAUUUCAUUGUUACCGCCGAGAAGGAAGUGGCGGACCGCUGGGCUGCAGACAGCUGGGGACUCAAAAAACUGGUGGCUAGUGCCAAUGAGCCUGGAGUGUUGAGUCAGUUGGCACUGGCUGCAGAAGAGAGGCCCUGGCUGUGGGUGGUUUACAUCCUUACCGUUGGUUUGCCCAUUGGACUGGCUGUGCUCUUCUGUUGGCCAAAGAAGUCAGAUGACUAUGUAUACAAAAAAAUCGAUCAGCCCAAAGCAGAACCAGAGGAGGUAGAAGACGAUGAUGAGGAGGAGGAGGAAAAAGAGGAGGAGAAAGAUGAAGAUGAAGCUAAAACAGAUGAAGCUAAUGUGGAUAAGAAUGAGGACAGAAUGGAGAAGGACAUUGGAGAAGAUGGAGGAGAUACAGAUGAAGAGGAGGAAGAGGCCGAUAAGCCAAAUGGCUCAGCCUCGGAGGAUGAAAUGAAGGACGCCAAUGAGGAAAUUCAGGGCUCAGGAGAACCUAAAGCUGUGAGAAAGAGAAGAGUACGGAAGGACUGAAGAACCACAUUUUCCUCAUUUCUUCCUCCCUUCUCUCAGUCCUUUGCCUCUUUUUGCUGCAUGCUUUCGGCGUAUGCCCUUUAGCAUGCAAAAAACGGCAAACCUAGCCGCUCUCCCGAAGAGGUCAUCCUUCAUCCGACUAAACCUCGCCUCCCCUCUUUCAGUCUUCCGCUUAGUUCUUAUCUGGAUUUGGAUUUAGAUACAAAAGUCAGACCUGCUGAGUUUUAUCUCCACGUUUUUUUUCCUAUUUUCUCUUUUUAGAUUAGAGUUCAAGAAGUUUUACUGGGCCAGUGUUUCCCUACUAGUGAUGAAAGUCUGAAUACUGUGAAGGGAAUUCAAUGGAUAUUUUAGAGAGAUUAACUAGUCUAUGAUCACCUCAACAUUUCAGUUUAAGUUAUUAAAAAGGGGUCAGUUCUUUUGUGAGUUUAAGUUAUGAGCUUUUUAACAGAAUCAAAUCGCUCUGACCGUAUUUAUUUUUUGUGUCUUGUUUGAAAAUUGAUGCAAUUUACGCAUAAAACAUUUUAAUAUCGCAUUCCACUGUGUUAUUAGCUGUGGAAAAGAGCUCCGUGAGACCAGGGGCCAUCUCCACCAAACAUCUUGGUCAGCGGAGUGCUAGGAACGCAGAUCAGUAUUGCUUUUUCACCAUCAAAGAAAGUCGUCACGCACAGUUUUUUUCCAUCACUGACACUCUAACCGCAGAGCCAGUCGUAAGCACACUGAAAACACUCCCACUGACAUCAGACUGACCGCCAUCUAUGAAACCAUAGAGCUUUGGAAACAAACAGGUUGUUUUUCAAGUGAUGAACAGUUUUGUUUUUCUGCUUUUUUUAGGUUGUGUGUUGAGCCUUACGAGGACAGCCUUUUGUUUACAUGUUUGCGAACUGUUCAUUGCUCUUGGAAAUAAAUAUUUACUAUAAACCUC